AUGGUAUGUCUCCAUGGCAGGAGCUGCAAAAGUGAAGGUCUUCACAGGGUGCACAUCAGUGAGAACCUGCUGCAGCCUCUUUAUGUGAAGAUUGAUCCUGAAAUCCAGCACAUCCAAAUGCAGGAGAGAGAGCAGAUGAACAGCCUCAAUAACCAGUUUGCCUGUUUCAUUGACAAGGUCCGAUUCCUGGAGCAGCAGAACAAAGUGCUGGAGACCAAAUGGGGCUUCUUGCAGCAAUAUGUUCUACCAAAGAAAGGGAAAAACCUUGAACUGUACUUUGAGAAUUACAUCUGCGACCUACGGAAGCGCCUGGACUGCUUGUUAUGCGAAAAGCAAAAACUAGGCAGUGAGGAGUGUGCCACAAGCCAGCUGGUGGAGGAGUUCAAGUGCAAAUAUGAAGAAGAAAUCAACAGGCGUACAACUGCAGAGAAUGAGUUUGUGGCACUCAAAAAGGAUGCAGACUGUAUCUUUUUGAACAAGGGAGAGCUGGAAGUGAAGGUGGAUCUGUUAAGAAGGCAAUUGGAGUUGUUGAAAUGUGUGUUUGAGGAGGAACGAGCUCAGGUGGAUCGCCAGCUAUGCGACACCUCGGUCAUUGUGAAAAUGGACAACAACCGAGACCUGGACAUGGAAAGCAUCAUUAAGAAUGUUGAAUGCUGGUACCAAGAAAUAGCUCAGAAGAGCAAAGAAGAAGUUGAUGCUUUCUACCAAACCAGGUUUCAGGAACUUCAGGAUAAAAGGGGCAAGUAUUGUGAUGAUCUGCAAAGCAACAAGUGUGAGAUUUCAGAAUUGACUCGGAUGAUACAGAAGUUGCAGUGUGAACUUGAGACCGUGAAGAAGCAGGUCACCUCUCUGCAAACCUCCAUUUGUGAUGUUGAGCAGUGCGGGGACUGUGCCCUGAAAGAUGCCCGGGAGAAACAUAUUGAGCUGCAGAAUGCCCUCCAGAAGGCCAAGGAUGAGCUGGCUUGCAUGCUGCGGGAUUACCAGGAGCUGCUGAAUGUCAAGUUGGCCCUGGAUAUUGAGAUUGCAACAUAUAAGACUUUACUGGAGGGUGAAGAAAGCAGGGGCAACAGCAGCUCAGCCUCCGUUUGCCAGCCGGUGGGAAGAAGAUGUGGAAUUGGUGGCUUCAGCAGCCGGAGUGUCUGCGACCUGGGGCGAGGCCAAAGGAUUUCCUUUGGUGGGAGCUGCCGGAGCGGGGUCUACGGAGGUGCCGGCGUGGGACGUGGCGUGGCUUACGGUGGAGGCCGCUUUGGCGUGGGCACUGUCAUAGGGUUUGGUAACUGCGGAAGCUAUGGGAGCCUGGGCAGCUACAGAGGCCUUGGGGAUGGUGUCACUAUCGGAGGCUACAGCAGUGGCGUCGGACUCGCGGGAGGUAGAUCUGAAGGCAUCCGAGGCGUCAGCAUCCACCCGGAGCUCCUCAAGCCCCUCUGCGUAGGGGUCGACCCAGAGGAAUGCCAAGUGCGGACCCACGAGAAAGAGCAGAUAAAGAACCUCAAUAACCAGUUUGCCUGCUUCAUUGACAAGGUCCGGCUGCUGGAGCAGCAGAACAAAGUGCUGACCACCAAGUGGGAGCUGCUGCAGCAGUACGUUCUCCCAGCUUCCCGGAGAAACCUGGAGCCGGUUUUUGAGAAUUUCAUCUGCAACCUGAGGAAGCAGCUGGAGUGUGUGCUGGGGGAGCGAGAGAGGCUGGAAAACGAGGAGCGGUGCCUGAGGGACCUGGUUCAAGAGUACAAGUGCAAAUAUGAAGAUGAGAUCAACAAGCGCACAGCUGCAGAGAACGAGUUUGUGGUGCUCAAGAAGGAUGUGGACUGUCUUUACCUGACGAAGGAGGAGCUGGAGGUGAGGGUGGGCCUGCUGCGGCAGCAGCUGGAGUUCCUGAAGUGCAUCUAUGCUGAGGAGAGAGCUCAGCUGGACUGCCAACUGUGCGACACCUCUGUCAUUGUGCAAAUGGACAACAGCCGGGACCUGGACAUGGAGGGCAUCAUCAAAAGUGUUGAGUGCUGCUAUGAGGAGAUUGCCCAGAAGAGCAAGGCUGAAGUCGAGGCUUUCUAUCAAACCAGACUGGAGGAGCUCCACAGUAGCAGAGGCAAGUUCUGCGAUGACCUGAGAAACAACCAGAGCGAGAUAGCCGAGCUGAACCGGAUGAUCCAGAAGCUGCAGUGCGAGUCGGAUAAUGUGAAGAAACAGAUUGCAGCUCUGCAGACCGCCAUCUGUGAUGCGGAGCAGCGGGGCGACUGUGCCCUCAAAGAUGCCCGGCAGAAGCUGAUUGACCUGCAGACUGCCCUGCAGCAGGCCAAAGACAAAAUGGCAUGCUUGCUGAGAGACUACCAAGAGCUGCUGAACGUCAAGCUGGCUCUGGACAUUGAGAUUGCCACAUAUAGGACACUGCUGGAAGGAGAAGAGAGCAGGAUAUGUACGGGCAACCCAGUGAGCGUAGCUGUGGUCAGCGGUGGUGGCACAGUCGGGGAGUGCAGAACCCUAUCUGGAAUCGGAGGCAAAUGCGCAGUGAAGACAGGAGGGGCCAGUUCUGGAUUAGGAGCGGUUUCCUCCUUCGGUGUUGGCGGCACCGGAUUUAGCGCCCGGAGCGUAGACUGCCUGCCCAGAAUCCAGAUGAACAUGUACUGA